CCGCCCUCCUCUGACCCAGGCCUUUCAGCUUUUAACCCGCGCCGGGGGGGCGCUGCGGCCACUGAGCUCUGCGGAGCGAGCAAGUGGUCAGUGCGGAGUCAGAGGCGAGCCUGUCCAGUCUCAAAGCCGACGCCAGCUCGCAGGCAUGGCCCCGGCAGCGGCUUCGGGUGGCAGCACCCUGCCCAGUGGCUUCUCGGUCUUCGUCACCUUUCCUGACUUGCUCUUCGUCUUGGAGUUUAUCUUUGGAGGCCUGGUAUGGAUCCUGAUUGCCUCCUCCCUGGUACCCUUGCCCCUGAUCCAGGGCUGGGUGAUGUUCGUGUCUGUGUUCUGCUUCGUGGCCACCACUUCCCUGAUGGUCAUGUACAUAAUUGGUACUCAUGGAGGGGAGGCUUCCUGGAUCACACUGGAUGCAGCCUACCACUGUGUGGCUGCCCUAUUUUACCUCAGUGCCUCAGUUCUGGAAGCCCUGGCCACCAUCACGAUGUUCGAUGGCUUUACCUACAAGCAUUACCAUGAAAACAUCUCUGCAGUGGUGUUUGCCUAUGUGGCUACUCUGCUCUAUGUGGUGCAUGCUGUGUUUUCCUUAAUCAGAUGGAAGUCUUCAUAGGACAGUGGACCGGGAACUGAAACCCAGAUGCAAUUAACUGGUCAGCCCAUCUUUCCCAUUAACUUCAUAGAACAGAGCCUGGCUGGUGGAGAAAAGAAAACAAGCCAAAAAGAAAACAAAACAAACACAAAAACAAAAGGAAGCCAUGUUCCUGUCUCUUGGGUGUUAUGUUUACCUUCUGUCAGGGUUUCGGGUUUGUUAUAUUUAACUUCCAGCUAAGGGAAGAAGGAGUUGUCUUGGCAGGGGUGUUUUCUGCCCUUGACCGGGACGGUGGGUGGGAACUGGGAACCUUGAUCUGAAGAAUGACUGUUUCCCCUUGACCCUUGGAGCAUGUCCUAAGAAUUUGCCUCUUGGAAUUUUCCAUGGGCUCUUUGGAACACUCAUCCCCUGGCAUGUCUUAGUCUUUGUAGAUAGUCUGGGUGUCACGGGCACUGAUUCACCCAUCAGAGGUCUCCAGAUGUUCACAGUGGAAGAUGAGCCCCCUUUGAAAUAUUUUGUUAAAUAUCUUUAUAUCUCCUGCUUCCGGUGGGGAACUGGGAUGUUUUUCAUUCUCUGGGAUCAGGGACAGACACCUUCCUGUUCAAUUUUCUUCCUGCAGAGUCCUUUGAUGUAACCUGAAUCUCAAGGGACAAUUCAGAUGUGUGUGCUGGGCCAGUCUUUCCCAGAGUGACUCACUGAGGACACCGCCCUCAUAGCAGUGUCCACCAGGAUAGCUUCUCCCUCGUAGGUGUGUCCCAGGGGGCUCCACCUUCUCCUUUCAAGACACAGCAGUCUGCUAAAUUAGAAUCUUCUCAAGCCCCGAGGAAAUGAGGUGUGGGCAUUCCUUCUCUUCUUGAGGCUGAUCUAAAAUGCUCUUGUCCGGGUGUCUGCUGUCUCUUGAUGUGUUUGGGCAUGUUCUCAGACCACUCUUUGGGGGAGAAAAGGGACCUGACUCCAGAGCCAAGGGAGAGACAAUGGCUAUCUCUGGCUGCCUCAUUCCAGAUGAGGGAUGACUGACCUGAAAGAAGAAAGCAUAAGUAGGAAGGACAUGGAGACUCUGCAAAAUCAAACAUUCUGCUAGGAGAUCUGACUUUGUCACCGCAGCUUAAAGAAGUGAGUGACAUCCUAGAGAUGGAGUCCCAGAUGCAGGGCUGUCCUGCCAGCCACCAGGAGGGCCAGGAUUCACUAGCUGAUAUUUUAUUCUCCGACAAAGUAGGAGAUUGAAAUCUACAACUAAAUUAGGUUUGGGGAUUUUUUUUUUUCUACUUCUUGGUUCUAAGGAUGGAACCUAGGCUUUAGGCAUGCUGGGUAAGCACUCUUCUGCUGGAUCCCAUCCUCAGCCCCAAAUUGGGUCUCAAUGGCACAUACAGGAGGACUUUGGUUAUCCCAGCCAUACUGGUACCCAAAUCUGCCAUUCUGUCCACUUAACACAGCCAAAAUUUCAUACUAAAAUACAAGCAAAAGAUUAGGGGGGCUAUUUUUAGAAAUUAAAAUAUAAACUAAGAGAUUCCAUGAAGUUCAUUAUAAUGUUUAACAAAAUCUGUAACUGAGUGCUGACUGGGGUAGUCUUAUAUUUUCAACAAAACUGAACCCUAACAAUUACACUAACCAGUAGCUCAACAUGAGUGAGACAAGAAGAAAUGAAAGAUGAAGAAGAAAGUUACGAAGGAAGGGUGACUAAGAUGAAUUUCCCAAAGGCUUCUCAAUGUUUCCGAUUUUUAAUCAUUAAAAGAAAUUUUCAUACAAUCUUUGUCUCUUUUGUUGGUAUUGUUGCAAAUUGUUGUAACUAAAAAACCCAGAUUAAAGACCCUGAGGAUAAUUC